AUGGCCGAAGCCUCCAUGGACGCACCGCCGUCGUUCGCCGUUGCCAUCGACCUCCCCACGCCCAUCCAGCUAUGCCACAAGCUCCGCCUCGACCCCCGCGUCCUCUGCACCAAUCCAGGCACCGCCAGGAGCUCCGUGACAACGACCCCGAGCUCUUCUUCCUCCUCGGACCUGUGGAUCACCGCCGGUCGAUUCGCGCCACCGAGGACGUCCCCAAGCCCGCUGAGCUGUUCUUCGACCUCCCUGUAUGAAUCUGAAGAAGAUAUGUGCAACAAAACAAUAAGUUCACCUCCAUCACGAAAUAGAACAGCCAUAGUAUCUCUCUCAGUAGUGGUUCCUAUGGUGGUAGUGGCUGUACUUGUUCUUUCAUAUUUGAUCUGGAGAGGGAAGAAAAAGCCAAAAAUUUCAACACAUGAUCCUCCCAAAGAGUCAGAGCUUCAGAGUGCUCUAGGAAGUACAAAAAGUCAUGGGGAUCACCUGCAAAAUACUGAGAAUCGUCGAUUCACGUACAUGGAGCUGCAAAAGUUUACUAAUAAGUUCGAACGGUUCAUUGGACAAGGAGGUUUUGGGCUCGUGUACUACGGUCGUUUAGAAGACAAUAGUGAGGUUGCUGUCAAGAUGCGUUCUGAAUCAUCGUCUCACGGGCUGGAUGAGUUCUUAGCCGAGGUUCAUAGCUUGACAACGGUGCAUCACAGAAAUCUAGUUUCUUUGGUUGGUUACUGCUGGGAAAAAGAUCAUUUAGCACUUGUUUAUGAGUACAUGCCUCGAGGCAAUCUUUGCGAUCAUCUGAGAGGAAAACAUGGUGAUGAGACCUUGGACUGGGCAACACGUGUACGAGUUGUGCUUGAAGCUGCACAAGGCCUGGAUUAUCUGCACAAGGGAUGCAGCCUGCCAAUAAUUCACAGGGAUGUGAAGACCAGCAAUAUUCUGUUAGGUCAAAAUCUGCGGGCGAAAAUAGCUGAUUUUGGACUCUGCAAAACCUAUCUUAGCGAAACACAGACUCACAUAUCAACCAAUGCGGCUGGAUCAGCGGGUUACUUUGACCCAGAGUACUACCACACUGGCAGGCUCACUGAGAGCAGUGACGUUUACAGCUUCGGUGUUGUUCUACUGGAGAUAGCUACUGGCGAGCCUCCGAUACUGCCAGGCCAUGGCCACAUUGUUCAGCGCAUGAAACAGAAGAUGGCCACAGGUAACAUCACCUCAGUCGCCGAUGCAAGGCUCGGUGGUGCCUACGAGGUUACCUCCAUGUGGAAACUAGUCGACACUGCCAUUGCAUGUACAGCAGAUGCUGCUGUUGGAAGGCCAACAAUGGCAGCCGUGGUGGCACAGCUGAAGGAGAGCAUUGCAUUGGAAGAAGCCCGUGUGGACAGCGCUGUCAGGGUAAGCCCAGUGAGUGAUACCGUGGCCUUAGUGUCCACAUUUAGCCCAUCGGCAAGGUGAAGCAGUG